AUGGAUGAUGCAGCAACCUCCUCUCGCCAGCAAUUCUUCCUUCGUCAAGAUGGAAGACUGGCUCCGUUGUUAGUGCAAAGUUUUGAGCCUCAUGAGGAUGCGACAAACUUGGAAUGGGGUCGAAUUGGUAGGCCUCAGCCCCAAGUGUCAUCCUUCACCGGCCUGAUUUACUGGAUUUGGUCGCCGAUGCUUGUCGAGGGGAGUGAAAUCCACAAGCUUGGUGUGCGGCCCAGAAUCGUGCUAUUGUUAAGAUGGCUCGCCGCAUGGCCUUUGAUUGUUCUUACGGCGUGGACAAGUCUUCGCGACGUGGGCGCAAUGAAAAUCGAGACCAAUCAUGGGGCCUUUUACGACCCCAUUCCAUACAAGUAUCCGGCCGACGAACUGGAGAGCAAUAGGCUGCGACAUCGAACCCAACAGUCUCGGCAAGCUACGCAAGAUGAAGCAGGUCCUCUACCACAUUUGGGGCCAUCCCGGGGCUCAAGAUCAUCUACAGAUAUUGCGCUAAGGCCUCGGCGUCAGCGACAAUCUCUCAGUGCUGGCGCUCCCUCGAGGCUCAUUCGCCCACGAUACCUUUGUUUCCUGUACAGCCCAGAUAUAACCAAAGGUGAAAAAGAGCUCCCCUACAAGACAAUGAAAGUUUCCGAGUGGAUAGAGGAGCAUGGGGAUGUCGGUACGGAAUUCGUUUUCGUGUCGUAUACUCGAAUGCAGUUCCGCGUCAACACGGAGAAGGAAAUCUCUGAAUGGGGUUACGAAACCGAUGAAGAGAGGGAGAAGAAUCGCCAAAUAGCCGAAAGAGACAGGGCAACACUGCUUGGCUGGGGAAUCGAAGCUGCACGGGCAGCCAACAUCUCUGCUUUCUGGCUCGACUUCGAAUGCUUGAGAGACGACGACGGAGAAGCCAGAUCGUCGAGCAGCACUGACGAUGUGUAUCUGAUAUGUGACGUCGUGCGCGCGGCCCACUCCAUGAUCAUCGCUGUCGGCCCUCCGGUUUGGGACAGGCUCGAGAACAAAGAAGAGCCGUACAGUCCUCAAAAUGAGACUCGCUGGCUCCGCCAGUGGGGCUCUCGCCUCUGGACGCUUCCUGAGCUUCUUCUUUGUCCGGGCGAGUUCCGAGUCAAACUAUACUCAAACGCUCUCGGCGGCCCGAGUCAGCCAAAGAGUAUGGCCAAACGCAACUUUGCGGAAAGAGCCUGGGAUGAUGCUCAAGCUGUAGUGCAGCUGCUUGACCAUUUUGAAGGCUCCGCAAUCCUGGGUUCUCUACAAUUCAUCAGCAUUGCUCUCGACUGUUUCUCCAGACGCAAGACAGACCAGUUCGUUAAAGCGGAUAUUGUCUACGCGUUGAUGGGCCUGCUCAACAAGCGGCUUCAGGCCAAUAAAGAGGACACCGGAUUCCAGGCUUUCGCAAGGCUUUCCCUCGCCAACGACAGCGACCAACUUCUCGAACGCGUUCUGUGCAUGCUACCCCCGAGUCCACAGGCCCCUUGGUACAUCAUCCGCGAUGCCUACGGAGCCAAUCUCUGGGACCUCAAGCCUAACUGUGAGAUCACCGAAGUGAUACACGACCACGAAAACGACCAAGUUCUGUCAUUGUAUGGGGCAUAUGGAGCAACCAUUCGUUGGGAUGCCUUGGAUCCCGUCCAUUUCUUGACAGAUCGCCCUCUGCACAAAUCAGCAUGGGGCAUUCUUCUGUUCUACCUACCAGUUCAGUUGAUUUGUGUGACUACUAUGGGUUUUCUCCUCAUGGCGCUGAUUAACAUCAUUCUCUUACUCUCACUCUCCCUAUCCUCUGCAGCGCUCACUAUGCCCAUGAGAGUAUUCACCUCCACCAUGCCCAUGAGAGUACUCAUCUCCAUCUCAGUACUUGCCCUUCUCGCCGCUCCUGCGAUAGUGAAGAGAUCACGGUCCGGACCAUUAAGAUCCACCCAGGCAUGCUUCAUGGGGGUUGAAGGCCACGUCAAUGUUGGGACCAUCGAGCGCUACCUAUUUGGAUUCAAUCAUGGCAGACUUAAGGAAAACAGCGCCGAUCCCUUUGGUUUUAGGUACGACGACCAUCCGGCCAAUGCACAACCUGGGGACGUGUAUGCUCACAGGGACACUCCGAGAAUGCGGUUGUUCACGCUCGUUGACACCUACACCAUGACCGUUACACCAUUCCUUGCGGAAAGACCUCCAGUGGCUCUCCUUGUAUGUGGUAACGAGAAAGGCAUGCAGCGCGCAGUCCUCUGCUCCUAUGAGCAUCGGACAGGGACUUUCUGCCGCCAGACAGUCUUGCAAAUGAAGGGCACCAUUCUGGAGCGGAUGAUCCGCCUGGACAAGGUUCGGUUUACACUACAGCGGUAUUUACUGGAUCCGAAACCCGAGGAUCACGGAUCGUCUCAGGAAAAUUUGCAGCAAAGCCAAGCACAUGGGCCAGUGGAAACUGCUCUUGAUCGGAGGAACGAUGCAGAGCAAGGGCUCAGUGACAGUUCUCGAACAGAUUGUCAAGCGGACUCAGAGCUACAAAGUAUGCCGCAGCCCAUGAAAGAAAGAAGGCUAAUUGUGAUGCUUGAUCUGGCUUUCAUUCCUGUGAUGUGGUUUAUCUGCGGAACGCCCCUGGUCCCUAAAAUCCCCGCUCCCUGGUACAUGAACUGUGUACUACUGUACCAUGCUUCCUUCUUAGCUGUGCAAGUCCCAGCAUUCUUCUUACUCAGCCACAUCCAGCUCUGGCGGAUCAUCUCACUGUCGAUUAUGCUCAAAGGAAUUGCACACGUCAGCUUCUGGGUACAACCCGACUCAAACAGCUCCAUCAUCUUCGUCCUCCAGGGCGCAACAACUGGAGUCAUGGUUCCCGGCUUCGUCAUACUCACCUGGUCUUGGUACCGGCCCCGAGAAGUACCGCUCCGUCUACUCAUCUGGACAACCGGGAGUGGAGUAAUCUCACUUUUCGCCUCACUAUCUAUGCAAUUUACGUAUCGAGCAAUAAUCUUCAAUGCUGUAGCGGCACCGACAGCAGGCCUCACAUGUAUUGUGGUAUUCAGCCUGUGGACUUACAACCUCUUUGGGACUCCAGAGCAAGUGCGUUGGAUGUCAACAGUUAAGCGGAUGCAAUACGCAUCGGGUGCGACCGCUUCCACCAUGGGACCGACGCUGGAAAGUGGCCGGUGGAUGACGCCGAAGGUUGGCCAAAUCCAAGAUUCCGUCGGAGCGACAAUGCUCCCAGCGCCGAGAUCGGGUAUUCUCCCAUUCCCUUUUUCGAUUUCCCUCCUCUAUGUACUCUCGCCCGUAGCAGUCGCCGUAAGCAUCGGAAGCCUCCUGCACAUACGUGACAUUUCCAAGAUCGCCGUCAUGGCGUUUUCCACAGUCAUGUACCUGGCGGCCGAUGUUGCAUCACGACUCCUCGCCUGGACCCAUUUCGGCUGGGCCUCGUUGGCUCUGCACGUGCCCACCUGCAUGCAGGGCACCAUCUUACCCCAAGGCAAGACGAGAAGUUCGCAAGGAGAAUGUCUGGUAGAAAUGGGCAGAGCGAGGGGCGUGAAGAUGGGAGAGUUGAUACGAGUCUACCCUCGUUUCGACACUCCUACUGAAACCAGUAACAAGGUGCUCUCAGACAUGGCCCACGGCAAGUGA